AGGGAAGUACCAAAGCCUUACGUGCCGACAGAGGAGGAAAGAAGACUCCUCAAGGAAUGUGCUGAAGAGAGUGCCCGGUACAGAGCUUUUCCUUUGGCUGCAGUGAGCAUGCUUGCUACUAGUUUCUUAAUUAGGAAAGGUGUUCUAAGAGAUAGCUCAAGAUUUGGCUCUUUUACAAAAGUUGCAUUUGCUGGAAUGUGUGGAUACCUAGCUGGAAAGAUAUCCUACUUGCCAAUCUGUAGCGAGAAGUUUAAGAAACUGAAGGAUUCCCCAAUAGGAGAUGUUCUGCGACAAGCUCAGAGACAUAGUUCACAUAGCAGAUCCAGUCGGAAAUCUGAAUUUUCAGACACGCCUUCUCAGUCAUUUGCUGAAUCUUCUUCUCCAAGAGCUGGAUUCCCACUUUCUUCUGGCUAUUCAGAUGAUUAUAGUUCAACAGACAGAGCCCUCUCAAGUUAUGAACCCGUUCCAUUCAGUGCUUCCCUGAAUGAAUCUUCACCUACAGGAAUUACUGAUUACACUGUUCAAGAUCCUGCUCCAAUUCCAGAAGAAAGCCGUAAAAAAAAAGGCAUCACAUAUGAGGAAUUACGAAAUAAGCACAGAGAGACAUACGAGGUAAUGCUACCACCAAAGGCAGAAACUCCAAGCAAGUUCUCACAGGAAAAACCAGUUAAGGAAGUUAAAGUAAAUAAAUAUGGAGAUACCUGGGAUGAGUAAGAGCUGAAUGAAGAACUGAAGAAAAUUACCUCCUGUCAGCUAACUUGAACUUCAUCUAGAUUAGUCACGAGUGUCGGCACCUUUGAUGUGUUCUGCCAAGCCCAGCUAUUAAUAAAUGAGGAGAAAAUCCUGACUUUACAGAAGAUUUAAAAAAAAAAAAGUAUUUAGAAUUAAUUUUUUUUUUAAUUUUGCAUAAAUGGCAAGUGAGGCUGUUGUGAGGUAUCAUGACUGUAAACCAUUUGUGCUACUGUUUAAGAAUGAAAAGGGUAACUGGCAAUAACUAAUAAAAAUGUAUACCAAAAGAUAAAAUAUAUGUAAAUAAAUGCAAUCAUAUGUAUUGUGAAGGGAAAAAUAUCAGAAUCUUCUAAAAUUUUCAAGACUUGCAUUAAAAGUUACCUGUAGAACU